AUGUCGCUUUUUAUCAGGCCUUUUCUGAGGAGGCCCCGGCAGUUUUCUGUAGCAAGGUAUGUGUAUUGGGCUAGAGGUCCCGCCCUUCGAAGAAACUUCAGAAUGUCGUCAUUAGCAGCGCAAUCGAUAAGAGCUUACUCUAAUGAGCCUAAAUCUGAAAAGGAUGUUUCUCCUGACGGAAAAGCGAAAAAACCAUCCAACCUGAAAUACAUCACUGAGAGGGAUUCCCUGCUUGUGCAGACCAACAAUAUUUUCACAAAGCUCAAAAUCAAUAUACGAUGGUUUUUGAAGAAGUCCACCCGGCCGUUCAAUUCAGACGAUAUAAGCGCGUUCAUCUCAUGGAUUCUCGUGAGCAAUAUUUUUAUAUUCAUCUUUUGGACAACUACCUUUGUGUCUUUGAUCCUUUACUUGAUCAAUACCGUGUUUGCACAAGAAUACCUUGCGAGUAAGAUCGGUAAAUUCAUUACGAAAAACGAUUCGUUGUCAAUUGUUUUUGAGACCGCCAUUGUACCAGACUGGUCAUCUGGGAAAAUCAGCUUUCAAAAAGUUUUCGUCUCCAGGAGGCCAAAGGUAUCGCACGGCUUUACCAAGGGUUCACAACAGGAUGCCCUUCAAAGAGCGAAGCUGGCCCUCAGUGAAAGAAUUCUGGUCAACCAGCAGGACUUUGAUAAUGGCAACUAUACACAGUUUGAUCUGACCAUUGACCAAGUGGAUAUAUCAUUGAACUUCAGAAAGUGGAUAAACGGAAAGGGUAUCCUGGACGAAGUGACCAUCAAUGGGCUUAGAGGAGUCAUAGACAGAACACACGUGGUGUGGAAAAAGGACGACGAUCCUAAGAACUAUCUGAACGUCUACCAGCCGGGCGACUUUGAAAUAUCAAAAUUCACCAUGAAUGACGUCCUUUGCACACUGUACCAACCAAAUGGGUUCAGGCCAUUCCAAGUAAGUAUAUUUAACUGUGAUCUACCGCAAUUGAGGAAACAUUGGUUGUUCUACGAUAUUUUGAAUGCAAACAAUAUCAAUGGAACCUACGAUAAUUCAAUGUUCACCAUACACAAGAAGUUCAGAACCGAUGAUCAACAUCAGGACCCCACGCUAUUAUGGAAGCAAAUGACGAGGUUUAGAGUAGACAAUCUUGACAUUGAUCACCUCAAUGCCGGCAUCGAAGGGCCCUUUGGAUGGAUCAACGAAGGUCGUGUAAACAUGAUCGGCGAUGUCCUUUUACCGGACGAAGACGCUGCAUCUGAUUCGCUGCAAUUGACUGAAAUACUCACAGAAAUUGGCGACCGCUUAAUUAAAGAAGCGAAGAGGUACACUUCAUCCAUUCCCCUGGUCGGGCCGGGAUUCUCCCAUGCUGUUGAUAAAAUCGAUCCGAACGACUACUUUAUUAUGGACUUUUCUCUAAGGUUAUACAAUGUCAAAGCCGAAGUGCCUCUGUUCACGUCUGGCUUAACAUAUAUCAAUAGCGCAUUGAUAAGGCCUAUUGUCGGAUACAUUAAUUCUCAUAGAACAUACAUCCCAAUUAAAUGCCGCAUUGUCAAGAAAAAAUCUGAUUUCGAAGGCUCAUGGACCAUCUACGAUUCAUACCUUAUGCGGGAUCUAAGUGCGGAAGCGUACGAUGCUUUUGCUAACUACGUCGCUGACGAUGAAAAGAGGACAUUACGUUUGAGAAGGGUUGGCUUUUGGUCACUGCAACUUAUACUUCAAGUGAUCUUGAUGAGUCUCGGUGCCAUCGCGUGA